UCACAAAUUAAUUAAAGAGUAUGAAACCGCACCCAUUGGGUCACGUUUCCACGGCUGCGAUCGCUCUCCAAGCAGCUGUGUUGGCGGCGUAAUCGAUCAAUCGGUGCCUAACAAGGCCCUGAAGGACGACGCCAAUUCGUUCGCCUAUCUCGCCGUAUUCCGCCGCCUUCCCUCGCUCCCAAACCCUUUGUUCCAUGGAGAGUUUCCGACACCACCGAUCUCCCAGCUCCGAACGAUUCCUCGCCCUCUUCUCCCCGCCGCCUCCCGACGACUCCAAUCCCACCACUGGCGUCGAGCUCCACGAGGCCGAAGUCCUCUGGACCUUCGCCCCCGACGACGCGGCCCCCCGGCCCGCCGUGACCGCGAACCCUAGCCGCACCCAUUUCCUCCCGCCCUCCGACCGCGCCGCUCUCCGCCGCCCUCUCGACCGGAGCUUCGGGAUCCUUGCGGCCCUGCCGGAGGACGGCUCCCCUGCCCCCGCCGCUGCCUCCCCCGCCCCUCUCCUCCAGCGGAAGCCCUCGAUCUCCUCCGCGUCCUCCUCCGCUUCCAGCACCCCGUCCUCUUCCUCCUCCUCCACCACCGCUGCGCGGAUGAUCUCGGCGAUCCCGAAGCCGAAGCCGGAGUGCUCGCUCUCUGUGCCGGCCGGGAGGACGCACCACCUGGCGCAGUCGCUCCCUGUCAACGUCCCGGUGGUCCCACGAAGGGCAAGGAGGUUCGAGAUGGAGGCCACAGAUGGUGCCGACGAUGGGGAUGGGCACGAGAUCAUGCCGCCUCACGAGAUCGUGGCGCGGACUUUUGGCAGGGAGUCGCCUAUGACGACCUUCUCUGUGCUCGAAGGGGCCGGUAGGACGCUCAAAGGAAGGGAUCUACGGCGCGUACGUGAUGCUGUCUUUAGGCAGACAGGGUUUCUUGAUUGAUGCAGGAUUCCAGGUUAAGAUUGAUGUGAAGUAGCUAGGAGAUGGUGGGGAAAUUUGCCAUUAUACGCUACCAACCACAUCGAAACCAAAAGCAGAGGCCUUGAAUAGUAUACAGUUCUCAGAAUUGGAGAUUUCAAGGUAGAAGCAAUUGGAUUCAAAAAGGAUGGGUGGCAAAUGCUGAGAAGAAAUACCUCACAUAGUGACUGCCAUGUACUUGUGCAUGUGCAUUUAUUAGUAGUAUGUGCAGGUUAUGAUGGGAGGAAUUUAUGGACCUAUAUUUCACCAUCCCAAAAUUCUUAUGCUUUAGAAGUGGUACCAAAGGUUAUGAAGAAGACUGGGCAAAAAUUGAUCUGGGGUCAAGCUGACACCUACACUCUCGAGUGUCUUGAUGAAGUUGGAAAGAAGUGACACUAAUGCAAACAGUGCAGAGAACACUGCCAUCAUAUUAAUACCGGUUUAUGGGACGAGUUCGGACUCGAGUUUGUAGAGAGCAAUCAGCAACUAUUUUGCUAUCAACUUUCAGAUGACUGAUUUCAUUGACAUGAUGUAUGGGGAGAUGCUGAAUGCUUAUCAUCAACGCUAUUGUAAAUACUCCAAGCCAUAGGUAAGCUCUUUAGCAACACACUUUCUGUUCUCUGUGGCUGUGUAGAACUAGGACUGGAAUCUUUGGUUUUGGUUUGCUCAAUUCAAAUGAAUCCUCUCUGCUUGUUAGAUGUCAAUUCAGUGAUGUGGAUCCUCUGCUAAGGGAAAAUUUGAGAAUAUAUUUCCUGUUCUUCCUUCCUUUUCACUUACAUAUAAUAUAUAUAUUUCUUCCUAAGGUAAAUUAUAUUGAGCACUAGGAGAGACCGGUAAAAAAAGAAAAAAAUCCGACCAUUAUUGUUGGUGAAUAGUAUGUUAAGAUGGAUAUGUAAAGUUAUUGAUAAAUAUAGGAAAA